AAUAAAGGGGAGAUAUUCACAAAAUUGUCAUUUUAAUUUUUUAAAUUAAUUUCUAACUCUAUGUAACGCGUGGGUGUGGUAAAAUAGUGGCAAGUCAUUUUGUCUUUAGCACCAGAGGCUUACACGUAUCACGGUUACUCCCCACCUGUCCCUCUAUUCAUGUCUGUAUAACACACGUCGCCCUGUAAAUAAAAUGUACAAACACUUAACCCGAAGCAAAUUACACAAACACAAAGAUUGCGAAGACAGAAAUGGGACAAGGAGAGGAAGUAAAGACCAGAGACGCCCCUAAUGUCGAAAUCCAAGAAAGAGGAGAGAUCUUCUUCUUCUACAGACCUAAAAUCGACAAACAAGAAGCCCAUAGCGCUGACGAUGUUCAGCGCAUGUUCAUCGUUCUGCGCCCCGAGUCGAGCGAAGCUUCUGAUACCGAAGUGAAACAGGACCCGAAGAGCGGAAAAGAGUCCGCGUCUUCGGGUCAACAAGGCGGGCAUGGCGAAGAACACGUGAACAUCAAGGAGAGCCUCCUGUUCCGCUUGAUCGUCAUGGGAAAGAAGAGCCUUCCUGAUCCGGGGAAGAAGAACUCUCGAAGGCCCUUCUGGGGCUUCGUGGAGCUCGUCACCAAGAAACUAGAUGAUAUUAAAGACGCGCUCCGAGGCCAGGAGUAUGAUACUGCGACGAAAGGGCGUAGGAAGAAUUCGGACGCGAGAGCGUUUGGAGAAGGGGUGUACAGGAUAUUGAAGCAUGAGCUGGGGAAUGGUAAGAUGCACACGCAUUUGAUUUAUAAGUUGGAGUUUCCGGGGGGAGACAAGAGGAAUGAAGUGCAGGAGAGUUUGAAUGUGAAGAGAGAAGGUUCGUUUUUGAUUCAGAUAAAGAAUCCGGAGAGGAAAGGUGGGGCGGGAGGGGGGUUUGGAGGGUUGCAGAAGAAGAGGAAGGCGGUGUUUCCUGCGCAUUUGCAAGGGGAGUUUGGGAGUUUAGGGUACCAUGCGGCGGAUCCGCCUGAUUUCUUGAAUUAUGAAGGGUGUGAGUUGUUGUUGAUCGCGGCUUCGGAUGAUAUCGAGGAAGAGCUUGGGUUGGAUCUUAAGACGGAAACUAGCAAGAGCUCUGAGGAUGAGGAGGAGGAGGAGGAGUGUAAGUCGUGUUCUGAUCUUGUGAAGACUUUCGGGGAAAUCGCUUCUACUCGGCCUCUCUUUGAAGGCACUUGGGUUUGAAACACAAUCUCUAGAUAUAGCCAGCCUUUUGGUGUUAAUUAUGUGUUUAUGUGUUUGUGGCUGAAGUUAGCAUGCAGGAAUGCUGCUGAUAGGUUGUGUUCUGUUUUCGUCUAUGUUCACUCUCUUUUGUUCAGA